CGCUCUAUCCCCAAAUUCCUCUCAGUGUUCCCGCUGCGUGUCCGGGUAGUGACCGCCGGGGAUGGCGGAGGCCGGGGAGGCAGAAGCCGAACGGGAAGCGGAAAUCCCCGGCUGGAGUGAUUCCCAGUUCCGCUCUUACUCUUUCUCCACCCGUCCUAUCCCCAGGCUCCAGCACGGGGAUCCCCAGGCGGAGGCGCUUCUACAGCGGGAGGAACCUGUGGUUCUCACAGAUACAAGUUUGGUGUGUACAGCUCUGAAGUGGGACUUGGAUUACCUGCAAGAAAACAUCGGUAAUGGGGACUUUUCUGUGUAUAGUGCCAACGGCCAUAAGUUUCUGUAUUACGAUGAGAAGAAAAUGGUAAACUUUAAGUCCUUUAAGCCUAAGUCAACAAGAGAGGAGAUGAAGUUUACUGAGUUUGUGGAGAAGCUUCGUGAGAUCCAACAGAAAGGAGGAGACGAUAGGUUAUACUUACAGCAGACCCUGAAUGACACCGUGGGACGAAAAAUAGUUGUAGACUUCUUGGGCUUUAACUGGAACUGGAUCAAUAAGCAACAAGCAAAGCAUGGCUGGGGCCAGCUGACAUCAAACUUACUGCUGAUUGGCAUGGAAGGUAACGUGACUCCGGCGCACUAUGAUGAGCAGCAGAACUUUUUUGCCCAGAUUAAAGGUUAUAAGCGCUGUAUCCUGUUUCCUCCUGACCAGUUUGAGAACCUCUAUCCAUACCCUGUGCACCAUCCUUGUGAUCGACAGAGCCAGGUGGACUUUGAGAAUCCUGAUUUAGAGAAGUUUCCAAACUUUAGAAAUGUGGUUGGUUACGAGACUGUGGUGGGACCUGGGGACGUUCUUUAUAUCCCUAUGUACUGGUGGCAUCAUAUUGAGUCACUAAUUGAUGGAGGAACUACAAUUACUGUAAAUUUCUGGUACAAGGGGGCUCCAACGCCUAAAAAAAUAGAAUACCCACUAAAGGCGCAUCAGAAGGUGGCGAUAAUGAGGAAUAUUGAGAAGAUGCUCGGGGAAGCUCUAGGGAACCCACAGGAGGUCGGCCCUUUGUUAAAUACAAUGAUCAAAGGUCGCUACAACUAAUUGGGCUAUGAACAGGAAAUAAUUAUGUUGCCUGAUGGAAGCUGCAACUUUCACUGCUGCUUCAGUUGUGAUUUCUUGGCCUUACGAUGAUGUAUACUGAGAGAUGGAAGCAGUUAUCAGAUUCGCCGGCCCUGACGCACUCCGUUUACACUUCACUGCUGUUUUCUGUUCCCCAUGGAUAUGUACAUUGCAAUAUAACGCCUGCUGCUUUGCCUUGUUCCCCAGACAACUGGAUGGAGUGUCACGCUUCUCUUGUCGCCUUGUGUGCACAUAAACGGUUUGUGAUGGACAUUCACUACUUACAAGUCAGAAUUCAGAGUACUGGUUUUAUGAAGAGUUUUCUUUUAACCAGCAACAUACAAGGUCUUUGUUCUUUUGUUUUUAUUUUUUUCAUGCACAUAUUGCGUUUGACAAUAAAACUUUUGUGGCAAUAAAACUUAUAUUUAUCAGCUGGACCUCCAGGUUUGUGGAAUAAACGGUUAUAAAAAAACAACUAUCUCCUGGGUUCCGACCUACUGCCUUUUUACAAGCACUGGAUUUGUCUGAAUAUCAGUGUUUCAGGUUCUGAGUAUUUUGUAUUCCUUAAACAGAACCUGUGUUACCUAUCACCUGAUAAGACCAUCCAAGGCAUCGGUUACUGGCAGAAAAUACCAAACUUAUGGACCUCACUCCAACAGAUAAACAAAAAGAAAUGAAAUAUCAAUCCAGCAACUCAUCUGAUCUAAAUAUUUACUGAGUACAAACCUCUGCUCUCUGGUUGUCAUGCCUUGAUCACACGUCAUAUGAGUGGAAUGGCAAUAUACAGUGAAAUUGGGGUCUAUUUUUGUGGCACAAGGGGCUCUUGGACAAGUUACGUAAAAUCAAAUCAAACCGUUCAAAGACUUUUGUAACAAUUUCCAAUAACAUCCCAAUGUGCUAGUCUCCCUGGUUUCCGGUUUGAAUGUUUUUUUAUUUUGUUUUCUUUUAAUGAACACUAUCUGUAACAAACACUGUGCUGAUUUUACUGUGAACGGGUGGGAGUGAUGAUUACGUUUGUUGUGCUUAUUGAAGGCGACAAUUGUUUUUUGUGUGAAAUGUAGCCGGUGUGCAGCCAAUAGCCAUAAAGAGCACAGCCAUCUCUAAUUGUUUCCCUGUAGACUGUACAGUAAACCGCCGCUGAUACUUAAUAAAUUGUUUUAUUACUUUGUGGUAUAAAUUAACUGUUCUUUUAUUAUUACAUCUGUCAUUACACUUUGCUAUUAUUUAAAUGCAAAAUAAGUUUUUUUUUUCUCCUGGAUGAAGAUUUUUAUUUGUAGUAAAUUUAUUCUGCACAAUUUUGAUGGAGCAUUUCCUUUCCAUAAGCUGCUGUUUUUCACCCCAGUAUAUUUAUUAUUUGAUAACCCUUUUAUCUAAAUAAAUAUUAUUGCUUUAUUUUAAUGCUUUUGAUAAUUUCGCCUUAAGCCUUUUUCUUGAAAGUAUAUACACACAUUAGAUCACGUUUUUUCCUAAUGGAAGUGCUUAUGACUUUUAUUGCAGUCUUCUCUGGAAAUGAAGAGGUUAAACAAUAUCACUUUUGAAAACAUUUCCCUGUAAGACUGAAAUCCUGGUAACACCUGUAUGUAUUCACACUAUUUAAUGUACAGUUUCAGCGUUCAGGCAACAAUGUUCAAAGUUUUUACAUGUAUUUCAAUUGGUAAAUAAAUUAUGACAGAAAAA